AAUAGACGAAGGGAGUACUGUAGAGUAAAGCAGAGCCCCAAGAUUUUUUGCAUUUCCUUUGGAUUUGUGAUUUGCUAUCGUGAUCCAUUAAGCAGUGCAGAAAAGAGCACAAAUCUCAGCGCAAUAAUCGAUCGACGACGCCAAAAAGGCAAAAACACACGAGACAACCGGUGGCCACUGGGGGAGACGGAGCGCGCGGCGGAUAUGGCCGCACUCGCCCACCACCACCGAGUCCUCCUUUCCUUCACCUCCUUCGCAACCCCAAGAACUCACCUACCCUGCGCAUCCUCCUCGCCGCCUCCCACGCAUGCCCGCCUCAGAGGCGCCCGUGUUCUCCGGCACGCCUCCGGCGGCGGCGGCAGCAGCAGCGCGGCCCCUGUCUCCAGCUCGUCCCUGGAGGAGCUGUCCCGGAGCUGCACCACCUGGUCAUGGCGAGGGAUGCGCGUGAACUACCUGGUCAGGGGGGAGGGCCCGCCCGUGCUGCUCGUCCACGGCUUCGGCGCCUCCGUCGCGCACUGGCGCAGGAACAUUGGCGUGUUGUCUGAAUCCAACACGGUCUAUGCCAUCGAUUUGCUCGGGUUUGGGGCGUCAGACAAGCCUGCUGGAUUCUCUUACACCAUGGAAACUUGGGCCGAGUUGAUCCUGGAGUUCUUGGACGAGGUCGUCAAGAGGCCCACCGUGCUUGUUGGCAACUCUGUGGGCAGCCUUGCUUGUGUCAUUGCCGCCUCAGAUUCUACCAGGGACCUUGUCCGGGGGCUUGUGCUGCUGAACUGCUCAGGUGGGAUGAACAACAAGGCGAUCGUCGAUGACUGGAGGAUCAAGCUGCUCUUGCCUCUGCUCUGGUUAAUCGACUUUCUGCUCAAACAAAAGAGCAUCGCAUCGGCACUCUUCGGCCGCGUUAAAGAAAGGGAGAAUCUGAAGAACAUCUUGAUGUCUGUCUACGGAAACAAGGACGCCGUGGAUGAUGAACUGGUCGAGAUCAUAAGAGGGCCGGCUGACACCGAAGGUGCUCUGGACGCGUUCGUGUCGACGGUGACGGGCCCGCCGGGGCCUAGCCCGAUAGCCCUGAUGCCGAGGAUCAAGAUUCCGGUGUUGGUUCUGUGGGGAGACGAGGAUCCCUUCACCCCGAUCGACGGGCCCGUGGGGAAGUACUUCUCCGGCCUCCCGUCGGAGCUUCCCAACGUGAGGCUCUACAUGCUGGAGGGGGUUGGCCACUGCCCGCACGACGAUCGGCCGGACCUCGUGCACGAGAAGCUGCUGCCAUGGCUGGCCAGUCUCCCGUCCGCGGCCGAGCCUGAGGUGGCGGUAGCUUAACUGGUGAGCAGUGAGCUAACGAGGAGCCAAAGAGAUGUGCAUAUAUAUGUGUCUUUUUUAUGAACCUUCAAUAAUCUGUCUUUACACGAUUA